GCGAAAACUAGCAGUCGUGCCCAUAGACAUGUUGUUAUACCUGCGUAGCUUCCAGCUACCUGUUUGAUGUUAUACAGAGGCUACACUUUUCUCUGUCAAUUUCAAUCAACCUCUGAGCCUCUAUAUAAUGGCUCUAUCUGGUACCAGAGACAUCCCUAUGCCUGAUGCAUGCUCUAGAGAUAACUUGGCUUUACAAAAAAGAUCGAGGGGCCCAACCUCCACAUUUCGCUGACCCUGGUAACGCCCAAGAAACAUUAACGGCGACCACGAUCACCAUGCAGUUCACUCCUUCUCAAUUGCUGAGGUACGCCGUAGAGGAAAAAGACAGAGAUGCAGUGAGGCGACUUCUUCAGAUGAACCCUUCAAUUUCUCUCAUGCGGGAGGUCCGAAUCGUUGACGCCAUCUUGGACAAUCCCGACCCAACAAUAUUACGAAUUCUCUGCAACCACCAGCCUGUCUUCGUAAAUUUCUUUUUUCCAUACAUCCAUGUAGCGGAAUCUUUCCUAACGAAAGCAUGCACCAAACCGCCAAACAAGAUCAAUUCGGUGAUACAUGUACUCUUAGACAACGGUGCGCAGGUCAAUAUGGGGCGUCCCCCGGAUGGCGGCGCAUUGUCCGCGGCAAUAGUCUGUGGACAGUCACUCGAUAUCAUUAGCAAGAUCAUAAACAAGGGUGGUAUAAUUAAUUUGAGAACUAUUCUUGAAGCUAUACGACUAGAGCGCGCAGACGUGAUCGAAUUACUUCUCAACUAUGGAGAUGUCAGUCCGGAUGUAGAUGCUAAUGUAGAGCGAAUGACUGAAGAGGCGGUGAAAACAGCGAAUGAGCAAAUCAAGAGGGUUGUAGUGGCUUGGGCAGAGAAGAUGAAGCUCCUAAUUAAUUAUGGUAAACUAAGAGUAGAAUAGAAUUCAAUAUGAAGCAACAGAUACAAAAGACUUCGAGCUAGUAGACUUAACAGGGUAUCAUUAUAUGAAUUAAAUCAAUGCUAUGGGUAUCUGGUACGAUCAUUGAAACUUGGCGGGAACACUUGGUAUAAGCUUCCUCAGUAUUUCAAUCUGUCGAG